AUAAGCGGAGGCGUUUUAGUGACUAAAAUAAAAAAUCUUUUCAAUUAUAUCAUUUAUAAAUUGUAAUGUAAAUGCAUUACUGAAUAGUAGCAACAACAAAUUGUUUAAGAGAUUUAUGAAUUGAUGGGAUUGCACUGUUACAAACGUCAAGAUUACAGUAUCCGUCUACCGUCCUCCGAUUUCUCAUAGUUUUUCGUUAAGUGACGCUUUUUUAAUUUCUAUGUUUUUGGCGUAUUUUAUACUAGUGGCCGCCAGCGACUUCGUCCGCGUUUUCCAUUAUUUCUUUCCUCCUUAUAGUUUGCAGCGUGAUGUUAUAUAGCCUAAAGCCUUCCUCGAUAAAUGGUUUAUUCAACACAAAAAUAAUUUUUCAAUUCAAACCAGUAGUUCCUGAGAUAAGCGCGUUCAAACAAACUCUGCAGCUUUAUAAUAUUAGUAUAGAUGUAACACUGGAUUCCAGAAACACGACGAUUUCAGCUCGUCUUCUCAAUUCAAAUUUUUGUUUUUUUUCGAUGACCAUUUUUCUACAUAUAAUCUGUGUAGCUCAAUUCAAUCGUAAAGAUCAGAAUCGAUCUUUUGAGCUUUAUAUCUCUGACGGCGUGGUCGUGUUUUUCAUUUUGUACUAUGUUCUUAUUUGUUUUGUUUUACAGUGAAUUUUAUAGACAAUUAGGUUCCUCCAAGGGGAUGUUAUCUUUAGUUGAACGUAUGUACUUUGAUACUUCGUUGAGUGAACAAAAAUAUAUGGAAUUAAAUAAAAAUGGAUUUUAGAUUAAUUCUCUAAUUAUUAGUUUUAGUAAGACACACUGUAAAUCAAGACCCUUAAUUUUAAAAACACGUGAAGAUAUCGAGUUAAAAUUAGAAUUAUAUACUCAGGUCUACCGUCCAUUGAAGUUAUGAAUAAAUACAACAAAAUUAACGGAAAAAGGAUACACCCGUUUAUUCAAAGUAAUACAUAUUUCGAGGAUCUUAAAGGAAUCAUAAUUAAUAGGGUACGUCCCAUUGGUUUAGCUAGAACUAUGAAAUUUGGCAAACGAUAUAGUAUUAUAGUAUAAAGACCUACAAGGAACAAUCUGAAAACUAUAGAUUUCUUUUUUGUC